AUGGCGGCCGCCGAACCUCCACCAGCGCGGAUGGCGCAAGCGCUUGUUGACUUCUCACUCUACGGCUCGUUCCCCGAAGACACAGUAUCAUCAUUACCGAUCGACGCCGAAUCCCUCCCCGCGGCCAUCAAGGCACUCGCAGACGCCAAAGCGAAGCUCCAGGCCGAAAUCCAUGCGAUCAACGAGGAGACGGCCGAAGACGUUAAGACCUGGCAGGCAAAUGCGCAGCUCGUUCAAGACGACAUCCUACGGUCAAAGGCGCUGGCAGCCGAGAUCGUAAAAGCAGCGGAGGCUCCCGUUGUUUCAGGACAGGCCGUGGACGAGAUCGAAGCCAGGGCCGACUUCCUAAUUCGCGAACUCAACUACAAUGCGCAAGUACAAGAAACGCUCAGGGGAAUCAGGACCGUAAACCGGACGCUGGACGAGGUCGAACAGGCUCGGGACGAGAGGCGUAUUUUAGAUGCCCUGCAUCUGCUAGAAAAAUCGUGGAAGCAACUGGAUAUCGUAGGAGUGAAGUCUUGUCGUGCCAUCAAGCUCCUCGACGUCAGGGCGUUUGAGCUCAAGUCGGACGUGCAUGAAGUGUUUGACCAUGUCUGGAAUGCGCUCAUACAUGUUGACGUUGACGGCCAUACGGUAUCAAUACAGAGCAGCCGAGAAGACGAGCCGAUGAAUCUCGAAGAUGCGGUAAUUGGUCUGAGAGCAUACAAGGAGGUUGACCAACGGAUGGACCAUCUCUGGAAAAACUUAAGCCAGGCAAUCUUGCUUCCUAGGAUGGAUCUUGCGAAAGCUGCACUGCCCGGUAUUCGUGUUGAAGAUGGCGUUCUGGCACUGCGUGGAUCAGCGGACAACAGCAUACAUUCCCUAUUUGAGGAUCUAGACCAAGUCUUUUCGUACCUUGUGCAACGACUUCCUCCCGAUCUUAUCGACACCAUUUCUUCGAGUUUACUGCCGGACACGAUACACAGAAUCACCAGCGUCUGGCUUGAUUCAGCAGUGCCGUCCUCCCUUCAUGACAUGGACGGGUUCCAAGUGGUCAUCGAAGCUGCCAAAACCUUUUGCGCCAGGUUACGGGCUCUCGGAUUUUCCAAUUUUGGCGGGUUGCAGGAAUGGACCGACAACGCGCCAAAGGUCUGGCUCUCCAAAUGUAGAGAAGCUGCAUUGGAUUCUGUGCGGACCAAACUCUCUCAGGGGCUAGGUGCUCCCAGGCAAGUGGAGAAGGUAGAGAAGCAGAUGGUUUCAAAAACAGAAGGCCAGCAGCUGGUUGCUAAUGCCGCCGUGGCUACUGCCGAUGACCAUGGGUGGGAUGCGUGGGAUGAUGGCGAGCAAGCAGGUCAGGAAGAAACACCAAACGGAGGAGCAGAUGAGCCCCCAGGGGAUGAGGAUGAUGGAACCGAUGCAUGGGGGUGGGGCGAGGAAGGGGGGGGUGAGGAAGAGGCCGCUGCAGAAGAACCGAAGAAAGAGACUAAGGCGACGGCAUCGCAACCGAGCAAACCGGACGAUGAUGACGACCCAUCAGAAGCUUGGGGAUGGGGCGACGAAGCCAACACUGACAACACUGACGAAGCCAACACCAAAGAACCCGAACCCCAAAAGGCGCCUCCUGUUGCUCCACGGGCAGAGCCAGAAACAAGAGAGCUGAUCUUAAAAGAGACAUACAGCAUCUCUUCACUCCCGCAGCCGUUGUUGGACUUGAUAUUCUCCAUAGUUCAAGACGGCGCAGCCUUGACAAAGGAGAGCUACGCGGGAAGCCCCGUCGCAACCCAAGCAGCAGGACUAUUCAGUCUACCAACUCUCGCCUUGGCUGUGUUCCGGGCAGUUUCCCCGCACUACUAUGCCCCGGGCAUCGGUGGCAACAUGUAUCUGUACAACGACUCGGGCUACCUGGCCGAGCAACUGGGGGAGUUCGCCGCGGCUUGGAAGACACGUGAGGACAUCAGCGCUAGAGCCCAGAAUAUGCUCCGUCUCGACAAUGAUGUCAAGACUCUCCAGUCUUUUGCCAACCGGGCCUACACCAACGAGCUCGCCAUCCAGAAAACCGUACUACGGGACUUGUUAGGAGGAGAACAAAACCUCCUCCACCAACCCGACACAGCCGCCUCGAUCUCGUCCGCCACAGCGCGCGUGCUCUCCCUCGGCACGGCCUGGGAAGACAUCCUGGCCCGCUCGGUAUGGCAGCAAGCAGUCGGCAGUCUUGUUGACGCCGUCGCAGCCAAGAUGAUCGCCGACGUCAUGGACCUACCCUCGAUCGGCCAGGAUGAGGCGUACAAUAUCGCCAAGCUAAUCGCUUCGGUUGAGGAGCUGGAUCAGUUGUUUUUGCCUAGUCGUGGUCAGCCGCAGGAUGGUGAUGGCGGCGGCGGUGGUGGUAAGAAAGCAGAAGGAGACGAAGUGCCGAUGACGGCGCAGUUCGCGGGGAACUGGCUGCGGCUGAAGUACUUGAGUGAGGUGCUGCAGAGCAACUUAAGGGAUGUGCGGUUUUUGUGGGUGGAGGGCGAGCUGAGUCUGUAUUUCACGGCUGAGGAGGUGGUGGAUUUGAUACAGGCCAGUUUUGAAGACAAUGCGCGCACGCGGGAGGUCAUUCGCGAUGUGCGGGCAAAUGUGCGGCCGUUGGGUGGGGACGGUGAUGAGGGAGGGGGUUGGUGA